CGCCAAAGGCUCUCCCUCCUUACUUCCUUACUGCCGCGUCCGCCGCAGGAAGCGGAAGGGCAGCCACCGGCAGGCACAAGGCCCGAGGACCCGCCGUUCUCCCGGCGCGCAAGCCAAAAAGGCAGCAAGGCAGUAGCGCCCCAUCCCACAUUCAGGGAGAGCAAGCAAGCAAAGACCAUGCUCGCCCUGGGCGCCGUCAAGGGCGGCAUGCUGGGCCAGCAGACCAUCGAGGAGGUCCACGAGCUCGACGCGACGACCUCAUCAUCUUUAUUAGGUGCGACGCUGAGCCAGGCGAACGACGUCUUGUACUUAGUGGGCGGACACGACCCGAACGCGAGUGGCGUGGCGGACCCCUGGUUGAAGGUGAGGUGCGCCUCGCUCGUCCAAGGCGAUGGGCGCGUGUGGUCGCCGGACAGCGAGAACGAAGGUGUUGUGAACAGACGGGGCCACGCCGCAUUCUCGAUCCAAGAUGCUUUAUAUGUCUUCGGGGGCGAGGAUUCACAAAGUAAUACUUUGGAGAGCACGGACGCCGCGGAACUGUCAACGAGAGGGUUAAAAUGGACCUCACUCGACGGCGUCGGGCCGUCACAACGAGCUUGGGCCGGCCACUGUGUUGUGGCUGGCACGAACUCAAGGGAUGUCGGCCUCGUGCACGGCGGCCGCAAUGGCAAUUCAUUAAUGGACGACGUCUGGGUCUUGGAUCCGCACCAAUCCCCGGCCUGGGCGAAACUAGCAACAAAAGGCCCGAAGCCUAGUCAAAGGGCCUUCCACACGCUCACGAGUGUGGGCGACAAGGCGAGGCACGCUGUGUUAACAGGUGGUCUUGUAAUGGCGGAGAAUGGCGAUUUAGUUCAUGCUCCUGAGGAGUUAUGGGUCCUCGACUGUUCGGCAGCGUUCUUCUACGAGGAGCCGUCCUUGGACCAGGUGCCCGUGCGCGACCCGGCGCGCUGGGCCUGUGUGGAGCAGCAGGGCGUGCCGCGCUUUCUGCAUGCUGCUGUCAGCUACGUCAAAGGAGAUACGUAUACGUUGGUAGUGCUGGGCGGCGCGUCGUUCCAUGGGGAAGACGAUGAUGCCGUAGUGUUACAAGUGCCGUGCGAGCUGGAAGAAGACCACGUCGCUUCAUUAGAUUUGACAGCUGGAGAGUGGCGAAAUGAAACGUCGCAGCCGAAGAUGGGUCGUGCGUAUCAGCCCUGCGGCCACGCUUCCAUAUAUGUCGACCUGGAGGACGCGCCGGGCAUUUUGUGUAUGGGCGGCGUAUCGCGGGAUAGCAUCGUGGGUAUUGAUGUUGUCGACUCGACGAGCGUGCCGACGUGCUGGCUCCAGACAAGUGAAUACUUAUGCCGCUUCGCGGAAUGUCGACUGGCCCACUCCUACGAGGAGCCGCCCGAAGAAUUUGAAAGUAUAGCGGAGGGCUGGGGCCGCCAGGAGACGGAGGACGGCGAUUUAUAUGAAGGCCAGUUCGUCGCGGGCCUACGGUGCGGCACGGGCCGCUGCCAGUACGCUUCUGUUAAUGGAGGUGGUGUGUAUAAUGGGGACUGGAAGGACGACAAGAGACAUGGAGAAGGUACGUGGGAGGGCCCCGGCCGCGAUACCUUUGGCGAGUGCUACUACGAAGGGGCCUGGGAGAAGGACCUGCGGCACGGGAAGGGGAUCUCGAGGUACGAGGACGGCUCUAGAUUUGAAGGAGAAUAUAGGGACGACUGGCGUUAUUAUGGCACAUAUUGGCUCGCGAACGGCGAUGUUUAUGUGGGCUACUUCGGGGAACACGGAAGGCACGGCGAGGGCGUCUGCGACUAUGCUGAUAGUGGUAAAUAUGAGGGCCUGUGGAAGGACGACUUGAGGCAUGGCCUUGGAGACAUGUUCUACGCGGAUGGGGGCGUCUACAAGGGGUCGUGGCGCACGGGUAAUAGAAACGGCGACGGCGACAUGCGGUUCGCGAAUAGAGAUCACUACAUCGGAAAAUACGUCCACGACGUGCGGUGCGGGCGGGGUUCACAAAAAUAUGCGUCGGGAGCUGCUUACGAAGGCGAGUGGUUGGAUGAUAUGCGCCACGGCCAGGGCACGCAUACGGACGAGAACGGCGUGUAUCAUGGCGGCUGGGCCCAAGAUAAGGAAGAAGGUUAUGGGGACUGGGAAGGUAUCAAUAGGCCCGACGACGAGGCGGCGUACGCCGGCGCGUGGCAUCUUGGAUUGAGGUGCGGCAUGGCUUCCAGCAAGUACCACGACGGCGCGACGUUCGAGGGCGAGUUCCGAGAUGAUUCUAGAUAUCAUGGUCGGUUAGAUGAACCGGCGGGCGAUGUCUAUGAGGGGUAUUUCCAAAAGCACCUGCGACAUGGAUCCGGGCAUCAAAUCUACGCGGACGGCGGCGAUUAUCAAGGAGCGUGGCAGAUUGGGCAACGGUGGGGCACCGGUGACUAUGAAAAUCCCUUCGGGCGCUACUCCGGCGAGUGGGAGCGAAACGAGCGCCACGGCCAGGGCACGUGGGCCGGAACUCGAGGAGAUACCGAGUACGCCGCGAAGGAGGUCCACUACGAGGGCAUGUGGGCCGAGGGCCUACGCUGCGGCGCCUGUGCGGCGCGCGACCAGGACGGGUCCGCGUUCGAAGGCGAGUACUGGAACGACCAUAGAGCCAAGGGCGUGCUCAAGCUGGCGAACGGUGAUGUGUACGAGGGCCACUUCGCGGCGAACGGCCGCCACGGCCUCGGCGAGUGCACCUACGCCGACGGCUCGCAGUUCAUCGGCGAGUGGCGCGACGACAAGCCGGACACGGACGCGGGCAAGUGGGUCGGCGUCUCCGAGAUCGAGGACCUGGCCGAGACCUACAAGGGCCAGGCCACGAAGAAGGGGUACUUCUCGCGGUCGCCGGGGCGCAAGUACCAGCUCGGGGCCGCGCGGGUCGUGCCGGACAUGUACUAAGGACUUCUCUCUCUU